AUGCGCCAUGGCAUUCUAGUUUCCGCCCAGCGCGAGGAUAGAGGAGACUGGGAAGAUGUUAACGAUGAGCAUGAAGACGACGACAACAACAAUACUGCAGGCUAUGAGGACCGAUGUUCUGAAUUUCUUGCUUCUGUGGGACGACAUCAGGGCCCCAAAACCGAGAUAUCGGCCGAGCCCAAGUCAAACUUCUUUGUGGGGCAGUAUGAUGGGGACGUCAAUGGUGUCCUCCCUACCGGGCCACGCCUGCAUUUUGAUAUACCACCACAUCCUAGGAGGAGCUCCAAUGGCGGAAAGGAUCCUGGGUCUUCGGAAGUCACGCAAUAUUAA